UAUAAAUUCAUAGCACUCCGAAUUUGCCCCGAAUAACGGCAAGAACAAUCUGCUGAUAGGUUCACGCCCACCCGUGUUCCAAGGCUUGAGUUUUCGGCUGCUUACUCACCUCGACAUUCGUUUCUUUGUCUGUCUUCUUCAAGUCUUAGCAAUGUCUGGCGCAGCAUCUGCGGCCGCAGGGUCGAAAUUCUCCUCUUUUAUGAAUCAUCCAGCUGGCCCGAAGACUGUCUUCUUCUGGGCACCAUUGAUGAAGUGGUGUCUGGUUGCUGCUGGCGUGAAGGACUUGAGUCGACCAGCAGAUAAACUCAGCAUAUCACAAAACGUUGCACUCGCAUGCACGGGUUUCAUCUGGGUGAGAUACUCAUUGGUCAUCACUCCGAUAAACUACAGUUUAGCAGCGGUGAACUUCUUUGUUGGCUCUACCGGUUUAGGUCAAUUGGCUCGGAUCGCAAAUCACCGGUACAAUAAUGCUGAGGCAGUCAAAGCUUGAUUAGUUUCUCUUGAAGUCUCCAAGUCUACUCGUACUUCCCUUGCAUGUCCCUUCGUCAAAGUUCAGCGAAUUGUUCUUAUUCGAAUCAUAUACAUUGAUAUAUACGUGUGCCUAUGCUUGAAAAAAACUAU